AUAUCCUCUCCCAGCCCGACACCCUCAGCGAUUCUCAUUUCUACGGCCCCCAACCACGGUUUCCUCUCUCGUUCUCUGAAUCAACAUGAAUUCUAACUCGCCAACCCUUGCUUGCGACAUCGAUUGUGGCCGAGUUGGGUUCUUUGUCGGAUUCUGAGUGAUUGUGUUCGUGUUGAGUUCUUCGAGCGUUGGGUGUUCUACGACUGGAUUUUGAGCUGUGAUUGUUGGGCGAGUUGAGCACCUAACUCAGAUAUCAGAGUCUGCUCGAGCGCUGUUCUUCCUUCAACUCUGGUUGUCCCUGUAUUCAGACUACUCCCUUCGAUCUGCUACAUUAAUUAGAAGAUUUUCACGAAGUCUCUGGGGUUCUAAGGUGCUCAAAGGAACCAACUCUUCAGCAUUGAACUGGUCAUAGCCAUUUUCUGAUGGCUUCAUCUUCAUUUUCUUCAUCUGCCUUCUGUGGGGCUAUAAUUGCUCCCAGAGCAAUAAAUUUCUCUAGAGACUAUGGCUGCAAUUAUUCAAAUAUGUUCUUUAAACAGUCGAGUCAUUCUAAGAAAAAUGUAUCAUAUUCAAGAUUUUUCUGUGCUGACAAAUCAUCAAGGGAACAGAUGAGAAGAGUCUCAAAAAGGAAUGGAAUCCACUGUCAUGCAUUGGACAUUGAGAAUGAGCCCUCAAUUUUAGUAGGGAAUAAGUUUCAACUUGAUGAUGUAAUUGAAGCUCAGCAGUUUGAUAAAGAUACUCUCAGUGCAAUAUUUGAAGUGGCUCGUGAGAUGGAGAAGAUCGUGAAGAACUCAUCUGGGAGCCAAAUCCUCAAGGGUUAUCUAAUGGCUACACUCUUCUAUGAACCUUCCACUAGAACUAGGCUUUCUUUUGAGUCUGCAAUGAAAAGGUUGGGCGGAGAAGUUUUGACAACAGAAAAUGCAAGGGAGUUUUCAUCUGCAGCCAAAGGAGAGACACUUGAAGAUACCAUACGAACAAUUGAGGGUUACUCGGAUAUAAUUGUGAUGAGGCACUUCGAAAGUGGUGCAGCCAAAAGAGCUGCAGCUACAGCUGGUAUUCCUAUUAUUAAUGCUGGGGAUGGCCCAGGACAACAUCCAAGUCAGGCUCUUUUAGAUGUGUACACUAUUGAAAGAGAGAUAGGAAAACUGGAUGGCAUUAAAGUUGGUCUUGUUGGGGAUCUUGCUAAUGGAAGGACAGUCCGCUCACUUGCAUAUUUGCUCGCCAAGUACCAAGAUAUGAAGAUAUACUUUGUCUCCCCUGAUGUGGUAAAAAUGAAGGAUGACAUAAAAGACUAUUUAACCUCGAAAGGAGUCAAUUGGGAGGAAAGUGCUGAUCUGAUGGAAAUUGCUUCGAAGUGUGAUGUGGUGUAUCAAACUCGCAUUCAACGAGAACGGUUUGGGGAGAGGUUUGACCUUUACGAAGAAGCUCGAGGCAAGUACAUUGUAGAUCGGGAAGUUUUGGGUGCAAUGCAGAAACAUGCUGUGGUAAUGCAUCCUCUUCCAAGGCUUGAUGAGAUAACUUUGGAGGUUGACCAGGAUCCAAGGGCUGCCUACUUCAGACAAGCAAAGAAUGGUCUAUAUAUCAGGAUGGCUUUGUUGAAGCUUCUUCUUGUUGGUUGGUGAGAGGGAUGGAUUUUUUUUUUUAGCCCUUCAGAUUUUGAUAUUUAACACUUUCUUUGUUGUCAUUUAUGGAUUUAUGGAUAGGUAGAAUCAUGAUGACAAAGCUGCCAGUGGUUUUGGAUUUGAUGAGAGGAGAAAACUAAAACAAUUUUUCUGCGGUGUUGAAAUUUCAUUACUUGCGAUAAAUGAAAUUCUCUUAUGCUUCUGUGUUUUGGAUGGAUAAA